CUCAGCAUUAGAUCUCAGACGGCCAUUGCAGCAUCUUCAACUGAGCCACCCCUUUGCAGGUAUCUUUCAGUAGCCGCGAGCAUGUCCGUCAACCAGCGUCGCCUCACCACGCCUUUUGACGUGCACGCCACGCUCAAGGCCUUGGCCCUGCUGCCACGCAAACUGAGCCUGGAGCCCACGCACCGCGGCCGCAGCCUUCUCGCCUCGAUCCCGGCGAACAGAAGCUGCGUCGACGCCUUCGUGCCUCUCGACUACUGCGCAUGCGUUGAGGGACCACAAGUCGACUCGCCACUAGCCAGCCCGGGAACGCUGUCGCUCGCUCAACACGCCCUCGAAUUCAUCAACAAUGCCAUUGGUUCGUCACCGCUCCUCAAGGACAUGUGCGCAACUUACGUUCUCAGGAGAGUCGAACACGUCGACGAUCAUCAGAGUCGAGUAACAUCUGCUACCUCUAUUAAUACAUCCUCUAGUGACAACGUGCUUAUUAUUGUGUCGACUAUUCCAGGAGCCAUUUUCUCUAUUCGAGCUCGCAUGAUCCCGGCUGGCGCCGAGGCGGAGGUCAAAGCCGGCAGCAGAAGUAGCAUACGUAAAGGCCAUAAAGUGGAGAUUAUGGAAGCCGAGAGGAUUGACCGAUACGCGGACGACGUCUCCAAAUGCGUUAAACUCGCCAAUGGCAAGCUGCGUAGGUACUGCUACUGCAAGGAUAUUGCUCUUAGCGACCACAUGGAGUAAGGAACUGACGAUAUACGAGGCCCUACGCAAGCUAUCUACAACUUCUGUGCGUUGUUUCUUCAGCUUCUAGCAAGUGUUCUUACCCCUUUCUUUUAUUCUUUAAACAUUGCGGCAAAUCCUCCCGAAUAAAAAAAAGAG